CAGUGAUGGGCGGAGCCCGCAUCCUCUGCCCAACUUAUCCCUGGCAGGCUGCGCUGAAGCCGGGGUGCCCGCUGCCGGCGGCCCUCGGCCCUCGGGGACCAAAUUCCUUCCUCCUCUCCCCGCUCCCCCUCUUCUUUCCCCGGACCCCGCUCGCCCAGGUCGGGUGCAGGGGCGAAGACAAUGUCCUGUGCCCAGCUGCUUACUAUGUGCCUGCUCAGUGCCAAGCCUCCAGCCCGCCUCAGCUCCCCGCCGCCCCCUUCUCCUCCUCCUCCCCCUCCGCCCGCAGGCCUCACCCUCUUCCAGGACAUUUUCCGCCGGGCGGACAAGGACGAUGACGGGAAGCUGUCCUUCGACGAGUUCCAGAACUAUUUUGCGGAUGGGAUUCUCAGCUCUGAGGAGUUGCGGGAGCUGUUCAGCGGAGUCCUUCAGCAAAGCCCAGACAGUCUGGAAACAGAGAAGUUCUGUGAUUAUUUCUCUCAGCACCUGGGGGAGUUCAGAUCCGUCCUCUCGGCCCUGGAGGCGCUGAACGUGGCGGUCCUCACUGCCAUGGAUGCCACCAAACUGGAAUAUGAGUGGGCUCCCAAGGUGAACCAGUUCAUGACCCGGUUCUUGCUGCGGGAGACGGCGAGCCAGCUACAGUCCUUGCACCUGUCUCUGGAGUGCGCCUCCGAUUGCGUGGAGAGCCAGGCUGGCCGCGGGAGGGCGGACGUGGGGACACCGGCAGCCCCGAGCAGCCCGAGGCCUGGCAGGAGGAGUGAGAGCCGAGCCCAGAAGACCGUCCGCCCGGGCCCCACAGCCCCUUCCUCCAAGACCUCGCUGGCAGGGGCCUCUGUGGACGGCGGUUGCCAGUGGACAUCUCAGAUCCUCCGUCUACAGCGGCUGAUUGACCAGUUGGAGUGGAAGAGCCGGAGGUUGGAGCUGCCGAAAGGGGAAGCUCUUUGCAAAGAGACAAAUCUGCUCAUCCUGGUUGUCCAGAGGAGGAUCUCGGUGGCCCCAGCGGGUUUGAAGCAGUUUCAUCAGGCCCUGCGCUGCUACACUGACAUCACCGCGGCCCAAAGCCGCUGCCUGCAAGUGUCAACCCAGAGGCUGGCGGAUGAGUCCAGCUUCCUCCUCUACGAGUUCUGGCAGGACGCAUCCUCCUGGAGCAGUCACUCACGGACCAACUGCAGCAAGGCAUUCCAGAGGAUCCUCAUUGACCUCCUGCGGACUCCGGAGAUCCUGACCACCAUGCUCUUCCCAGCCUCCUGGUGGAUCAUGAACAACUGAAGCUUCCUACAAUGCCAGCCUUCUUUCCCUCCUCCCCCUUCCUCCCUCUCGCCUUUCCCUCCCUUCUCCUCUCCCACUCAUCCCUUCCCACCCAUGCCAGAAGGAAUCAAACGGACUGGCUCUGGGAGCAGUAAGUCAUGGUGAACCAAGCAAAUCCCUUCCCAUGUGUGGUCACGGCAGAGGAGCUGUUUACGUAAUACACUGCCUUUACUUCUCUUCUGCAUUUCUGAGUUUCUGCAUUACCUGCUAUAUUCGGAACACUGUAUUAAGCAUUUGGGAGAGUGCAAUAAAGUUAGUAGACAAAAUCCCUGCCCUCAAGGAGUUUACAGUCUGGGAGUUGUUGUGAGGGAGUGGGUGGCAAUAGACACUAAAAGAACCACCGAGUCAGGAGAUUGAAAGAGACUGCAGAAGAUUGGGAAAGACGUCGGGGAUCAUCUGUCAUGAUUUUAGCCUCAGCUGCUUCCAAUCUCAGCGUGCUGAGUUUGUCGAGGCUCAGAGCUGGGGUGGAGAGCUCUGGGCGUCCCUGCAGUGGAGAGAGUCUGGAAGAGUCCCAGGGGGGUGGAAUGGGGCUUGCAUUCUUCCACGGUUCUGGUAUAGCUGAAAGACUAUUUGGAGCAGGGGAGGAAGUAUUUGCUACAGGAAGAACCUUUGUUCCUGGGGUCUCUGGGAAGCAGGAACAGGGGCCGAGGACAGGGACAUUUGCAAUUGUUCUGUUGGGGGGCAACAGCCCAGGCUUGUACUGGGCCAAAGGGUGAGGGUGUGACACCCUCCCUCCCCCCACCUCACGUGUGUUCUCUGAGGUGGGGAGGGGCUGGAGGGGAGGUCGCUGGAUCCUGUGGCCCCCCAGUCCAUCCCCCACUCCGCUUCCUUUGGCCUUCCACACGGCCAGGGGAGGGAGAGGGAGGAAAGGGCAGCCUCCGGUCCACAAGAGGCUGCAGGAGGAGCUAGGUCAGUUCCAUCUUGACCCCCUCUUCCGGACCCUGCGGCUGCACCAGAGUGGUCUCCGAGAGGGCCGGGCUGCUGGAGGGAGGCGUGGGAAGGGAGACCGGAGAUCCCCGCCAGGGCCGGGCUGCUGGGGGCCUUGGCAAAAGUGCGACUCUCUGCCUGCUCCGCCUCUCCAGCAGCCGAGAAGGGCAUGGAGCAAGGAGCUCUCUCUCCGCAGAUUGAGCUGGACUGAGGUCGGGGGAGGAGCGGCAAACAGGUAGAACAAAGUCUCUGUGUCAUUGAACGCCCAGAUAAUGUAUCUACAUAGAGAUAAUUGUAAAUACAUUGUAGAUAAAAUAUAAUUCAAUUGUAAAGCUAUCUAUAAUGCACCUGGAUAAGAGCCCUGAGAUUCCCACACCAGGUUCCGCCAACCUUCAGCCUCCUGUCGAGGUUCGCUCUG